CUCGUGUGUCAAUCAUUUACGAAAUCGAUGUCAAUGUCAAUCAAUAAACAAUAAACAAACUGCGUUGUGAAUUUGCGACAAACACAAAUAAUUCCAACUACACCAAUAACAAAUGUCUUUCCUUCUGCACCCCAUCCGUGUCACCCCGCCACCCCUCGCGCGCGCGAUCUACGGGCGGUGCCGCAUCGGCUGCCGCGACGUGGUGGGCCACGGCAAGAACGGCAUGGCCAGCUACCAGGACGACGCGCACUUCCCGUUCCCUUCCAUCAGGUUCAAGGAGAACACCAGGGAUAUUGCUGCGUUGCGCCAGAAAGAGAAGGGCGACUGGAAGAUGCUGAGCUGUGAGGAGAAGAAGGCGCUGUACCGCGCCUCGUUCUGCCAGACCUUCGCGGAGUUCCAGGCGCCUACUGGAUCCUGGAAGUUUGUCACCGGCUGGGUGCUGCUGAUGACGUCGUUUGGGUUCUGGGCACUCAUGUUCUAUCAUCACUUUGUGAACGAGCCCCUGCCAGAGUCGUACUCCGAGGCGUCCCGCAAGGCGCAACUCCGUCGCAUGUUGGAGUUGCACGUCAACCCCAUCGACGGUCUGUCUUCACACUGGGACCACGACAAGGACCAGUGGAAAUAAGGGGACUAGGAUAAGUGCUGUUGGUGCUGAAUAAAGAGUGAUGGUGUUUGUA